AUGGGUCGCAAUACCUAUCAAACGGACUCCGAAUUUAGUAGUGAGUCAGAAUCGAUAAAUACGGAAGCUUUAUUAACCCGAGGAAAAACACAUUUUAAUUCAUGUAAUUAUGAAAAAGCUCUUGCCAACCUUGAAGUGGUAUUAGAUAUAGAACAAAACCACGCAGAUGCAUUAAUUUAUCGUGGUAAAAUUUAUUACGUACUUAAAAAAUUUCAAGCUUCACUUGACGAUUUAAAUCAUGCCUUAGAAAUUGAUCCAUAUAAUGUUCAAGGAUUAAUUGCUCGAGGAAAUACUUUAUGGAUGUUAAAUGAAUAUGAUUUAUGUUUAAACGAUUUGGAUUCGGUCUUAAAGGUUGAUCCUAGAAAUGAAGAUGUUUAUAAAAUUCGAGGAAAAAUUCAUCGAAUUUUGGAUAAUUUUGAUGAAUCACUUAAUGAUUUAAAUAAAUGUUUAGAAUUAAAUUCGAAAUGCGCUUUCGCUUUAAGAUCUCGAGGAGAUGUUUAUCACAUGAUGGGACUUUUUACUGAAUCACUUGAAGAUUUGAAUCGAUCCUUACAAAUUGAACCCAAUAAUUUAUUUGCCUUAAAAACUCGCGGAGCUACUCAUUUCAUGUUAAAACGUUAUAGGCAAGCGUUAGAUGAUUUUAACAAAGUAGUAGAAAUGAUUCCUGAUGAUGAAUUUUCGAAAGAAUAUAAAGAAGCUAUCCGAAUGAAAUUAUUAGAUCACCUAUAUGAUUAA